AUGACAGACAUGGACGUCCUCGACGAGAAGGCAGGCAACGGCCAGCCCGUGCUCGACAUUGACGAGCCCGUCUCUGUCAAAGAUCACGAUGCGUUUGCGGCCAAGCACAUGCCUGAUCUCGGCCAGGACAUCAAGGAGUUCAAGGUCUUCACCUGGCCCCUCACUAAAUGGAAAUCGCUCGACAAGAAAUUGCACAGCCCCGAAUUCGAGUGCGGCGGUCACAAAUGGAGAAUCCUGCUCUUUCCGUUCGGCAACUCGAACGCACCACCAAACGACACCGUCUCCGUCUACCUCGACUACGGCGACCCGAAGCGGCCGCAGGAAUGGCACGCCUGCGCCCAGUUCGCCCUCGUCAUCUCGAACCCCAACGACCCCACCAUCUACACCGUAUCCCACGCACAUCAUCGGUUCAUCGCGGAAGAGUGCGACUGGGGCUUCACGCGUUUCAGCGAGCUUCGCAAGCUGUUCUCCGUACAGGAAGGCCACACGCGUCCGACGAUUGAGAACGAGGCCGCAGAUGUCUCCGUUUUCGUUCGCGUGCUCGAAGACCCGACAGGUGUGCUGUGGCAUAACUUUGUCAACUACGACUCCAAGAAGGAGACCGGGUACGUGGGCCUCAAGAACCAGGGCGCGACGUGCUACAUGAACUCGCUCCUCCAAUCGUUAUAUUCCACGCGAUACUUCCGCAAGGCCGUGUACGAGAUCCCGACUGAAGAUGAGCAUCCCACACAAAGCGUCGCCCUCGCCCUGCAACGCGUGUUUUAUCACUUGCAGACAAGCGAUCAGCCCGUGGGGACGACCGAGCUGACAAAAUCGUUCGGCUGGACGUCGCUCGACAGCUUCUUGCAGCAUGAUGUGCAGGAGUUUAGUCGUGUGUUGCUUGAUAAGCUCGAGAUCAAGAUGAAGGGUACCAAGGCUGAGGGCGCGAUCGCGAAACUGUUCGUCGGCAAGAUGAAGAGUUACAUCAAGUGUGUCGACGUCGAUUACGAGAGUAGUAGGAUCGAGGAGUUCAACGACUUGCAAUUGAACGUGAAGGGGAUGAAGAACCUCUACGAUUCGUUCAAGGACUACAUUCAGGUCGAGACGCUCGACGGAGAGAACAAGUACCAAGCCGAGGGCUACGGCCUGCAAGACGCCAGGAAGGGCAUCAUCUUCCAGUCUUUCCCUCCAGUCUUGCAUCUCCAGCUCAAGCGCUUCGAGUACGACAUCCAGCGCGACGCGAUGGUCAAGAUCAAUGACCGACACGAGUUCCCAUUCGAGAUAGACCUCGACGAGUUCCUCGACGUCGACGCCGACCGUUCCCAGCCGUGGAAAUACCGUCUUCAUGGUGUCCUAGUACACUCCGGUGAUCUCCAUGGCGGACACUACUUUGCGCUCAUCAAGCCUGACGCGAAGGAGCGCUGGCUCAAGUUCGAUGACGACCGCGUCACGCCUGUAACGGACAAGGAGGUACUCGAGGAGAACUACGGCGGCGAGCCACUCGGCUCCAUCGUCCCGCCCGCGCAGCAACAACAGCAACAGCAAGGCCAACGCGGUCAGCCGCGCGCGAUGAAGCGCUUCACGAACGCGUACAUGUUGGUGUACAUCCGCGAGUGCCUGCACGACGAGGUCUUGCCGCCGUUCAGGGAGGAGGAUACCCCGGCCCACUUGAAGCGACGUCUUGACGAGGAGCGCCUCCAGCUCGAGGCGAAGCGGCGAGAGCGGGAAGAGCAACACUUAUUUCUCACUGCCAAGGUCAUCACGGACGAGUCGUUCGCCGGACACGAGGGCUUCGACCUCGCAACAUUCGACGACAAGAAUUGGCCGCCUUCAGAACUCCAUACGUUCCGCGUUCUCAAGACGGAGCCCUACUCCACGUUUAAAGCUCGGGUAGCCAAGUUCUUCGGCUACGCGGACAACCAGGUCCGGCUCUGGGUGCUCGUGAACCGCCAGAACAAGACGGUCCGGCCGGACACGCAUAUACCGGAGAACGAGCAGAAUCUGACGGUGGAUGUGAUCAGGAAUAAUAUGGCGGCGAGGCAGACGGAUUUGAGGUUGUAUCUGGAUGUUAUACCCGAUCCGACUAAGCCCGAGCUGCCGCAGGGAUGUAUCAUGGUUUUCCUCAAGCACUUCGACACCUCCAAACAGACCCUCCGUGGAAUCGGCAAAUGUUACGCCCAAAGGACCGCCAAAGUAUCCGACCUCGUUCCAACGAUCAACGAGCGCAUGCGCUGGACGCCCGGCACGCCGCUCAAGCUGUACGAGGAGAUCAAGCCGGGCAUGAUCGAGCUCAUGAAGCCCAAGCUCACCUUCCAGCAGUCGGAGAUCCAGGACGGUGACGUUAUCUGCUUCCAGGUCGAGAUGAAGGAGCAGGAGAUCCACGAUCUUGAGGCACAAGGACUGUACUCGAACCCGAUACAGUUCUACGACUUCUUGCAGAACCGGGUGAUGAUCAACUUCAGGCCCAAGUACGACGAGAUCAGCGACGAGAAUAAGGAGCUUAGUAUCGUGCUCAGCAAAAAGCACACGUACGAUAUUAUGGCUGCUAAGGUCGCUGAGCAACUCGGCUGGGACCCGAUCAAACUGCGCUUCACGACGACGCACGCUGCGAAUGGCGCGGCCAAGGCGAUCCUCAAGCGCUCGCUGAACCAGAGUGUGCAGGAGAUCAUCUCCCCCGCAUAUGCUUCAACCGCCGCGACCGUCGUUCUGUACGAAAAGCUAGACGUCUCCAUCGUCGAACUCGAGACGAAGCGAAGCCUACGCGUCGCAUGGACCGGCCUGCACAACCGCGAAGAGUCUGCGCACGCUUACCUGCUGCCCAAAACCUCGCCAGUACACGAGCUCGCGGACCACAUUGCGCACGACGUAACAUUGAGUUCAGGCGGCAGCGGCAAGAUCCGUGUGUUCGAGGUCGCGAAGGACGGCAAGACGCAGAAGGAGUUUACGGGGAGCGAGAUGAUCGGCAACAUACCCGAUCCGGUCGAUCUUUAUGCGGAGGAGGUGCCGUGGGAGGAGCUGAGCGCGGAGGAGCACGACAAGAUCAUUUCCGUCUUCCAUUUCUCGAAGGAGGUGGCGCGGACGCAUGGGGUGCCGUUCAAGUUCGUCGUCAAGCCCAACGAGAAGUUCUCGGAGACGAAGAAGCGGCUGCAGGCUCGGAUGGCGGUAUCGGACAAGGAUUUCGCCAAGUACCGGUUCGCGCUCAUCCAGGUCGCGACGUUCAAGCAGCCUUCGUACAUCGAGGACGACGACACGAUCUACGACCACAAAUGGCAGCCCGACGACGCGCUCGGUCUCGACCACGUCGACAAAUCUGGCAAGACGCGGAACGGCGCGGGCGAGAAGGCGAUCGUCAUCCGUGGUUGA